GCUGCUGUUGAGCCCAUUGCUUUCAGUUAGGCUGUUUGUCCCUCUGUGGGGUUUGUGCAGUUGUUGAACCUCCACUGGAUGGUGUGUGGCAUUCAUUCUCUUGUUUUUACAGCAGGAAGGUAGAAUGGAAGGUGAGGCAGUUGAAGCUAUCGUGGAGGAGUCGGAAACUUUUAUUAAAGGAAAAGAGAGAAAAACCUAUCAAAGACGCCGUGAAGGUGGGCAGGAGGACGAUGGCUGUCACAUACCACCAGACCAAGCAGAUGGGGGUGAAGUAGUGCAGGAUGUUAACAGUGGUAUGCAGAUGGUGAUGAUGGAGCAGCUGGAUCCAGCUCUUCUUCAAAUGAAGACUGAAGUAAUGGAAGGCGCAGUGCCUCAGGAAACGGAACCUACGGUGGAUGACACACAGAUCAUUACACUUCAGGUUGUUAAUAUGGAAGAGCAGCCUAUAAACCUUGGUGAGCUUCAACUGGUCCAAGUACCUGUACCAGUGACUGUACCUGUUGCCACCACAUCUGUGGAAGAACUUCAGGGAGCUUAUGAAAAUGAAGCCUCCAAAGGAGGCCUGCAAGAGGGAGAGCCCAUGAUAUGUCACACCCUCCCUUUACCAGAAGGCUUCCAAGUAGUGAAAGUGGGUGCAAAUGGUGAGGUGGAAACACUGGAACAAGGUGAACUUCAGCCACAGGAAGAUCCUAAUUGGCAAAAAGAUCCAGACUAUCAGCCACCAGCCAAAAAAACAAAGAAAAACAAGAAGAGUAAGCUUCGGUACACUGAGGAAGGCAAAGAUGUGGAUGUCUCUGUGUAUGACUUUGAAGAGGAGCAGCAGGAGGGUUUGUUGUCUGAGGUCAAUGCAGAAAAGGUGGUGGGCAAUAUGAAGCCACCUAAACCAACAAAAAUUAAAAAGAAAGGUGUAAAGAAGACAUUCCAGUGCGAACUGUGCAGUUACACUUGUCCACGUCGUUCCAACUUGGACCGCCACAUGAAAAGCCACACUGAUGAAAGACCACAUAAGUGCCAUCUCUGUGGCAGGGCUUUCCGGACAGUCACAUUGCUGAGGAACCACCUAAACACUCACACAGGUACUCGCCCUCACAAGUGCCCGGACUGUGACAUGGCCUUUGUGACCAGUGGAGAGUUGGUUCGGCAUCGCCGCUACAAACAUACCCAUGAGAAACCAUUCAAAUGUUCAAUGUGUGAUUAUGCUAGUGUGGAGGUUAGCAAAUUGAAACGCCACAUCCGUUCUCACACUGGAGAGCGUCCGUUCCAGUGCAGCUUGUGCAGCUAUGCCAGCAGGGAUACCUACAAACUGAAGAGGCACAUGAGGACCCACUCUGGAGAGAAGCCAUAUGAAUGUUACAUCUGUCAUGCUCGCUUCACUCAGAGUGGGACCAUGAAGAUGCACAUUUUGCAGAAGCACACAGAGAAUGUGGCCAAAUUUCACUGUCCUCACUGUGAUACUGUUAUAGCAAGAAAGAGUGACUUGGGUGUCCACUUGCGAAAGCAGCAUUCCUACAUCGAGCAGGGCAAGAAGUGUCGCUACUGUGAUGCCGUGUUCCACGAGCGAUAUGCCCUCAUACAGCAUCAGAAGUCUCACAAGAAUGAGAAGCGCUUCAAGUGUGACCAGUGUGAUUAUGCAUGCAGACAGGAGCGGCAUAUGGUCAUGCACAAACGGACCCAUACUGGAGAAAAGCCUUAUGCCUGUAGCCAUUGUGAUAAAACCUUCCGUCAGAAACAGCUGCUCGAUAUGCACUUCAAACGAUACCAUGAUCCCAACUUUGUCCCUGCUGCCUUUGUCUGUUCCAAGUGUGGCAAAACAUUCACUCGCAGGAACACAAUGGCCAGACAUGCUGAUAACUGCUCUGGCCUAGAUGGUGGGGAAGGAGAGAAUGGAGGAGAAACAAAGAAGGGCAAACGUGGCCGAAAGAGAAAGAUGCGGUCUAAGAAAGAAGACUCCUCUGACAGUGAGGAGAAUGCUGAACCAGAUUUGGAUGAUAAUGAAGAUGAGGAGGAGACAGCAGUAGAAAUUGAGGCUGAACCAGAAGUUGAGCAAGAGGCUUCUGCACCACCUCCUAGUAAGAAACGAAGAGGGAGACCACCAGGCAAAACUGCCACCCAACCAAAACAAUCCCAACCUGCAGCAAUCAUUCAAGUUGAAGACCAGAACACUGGUGAAAUUGAAAAUAUUAUAGUUGAAGUAAAGAAAGAACCUGGUAUGGAAACAGUAGAGGAAGAGGAGGAAGCUCAGCCUGCUGUAGUGGAAGCUCCCAAUGGAGACAUCACUCCUGAGAUGAUUCUCAGCAUGAUGGACCGGUGAUGGAGGAAGACAACAUUGCCUGACUGAACUGGCCUGGGCUGUGUUUAAGCGGCUCAAAUCUAAUUUUUCCUUUUUUUUUUUUUUUUUUUGGCUUUGGGAAAUGCAUAAUUUUAGACCAUUUUACCAAACAUACUGGGAAAUAAAAAGUUCAAAAUAAUGUUAGAAUGUGA